AUGCCAUCCUUUCAAAAUGAUAUGCAGAUUGAAGAUGAUGUUACCAGUAGCGCAUUAAUCAGCGUUUUGAUGGCGGGUGCUUUUUUAGGCGCCAUCGUGAGCGGUCCGUUAGCUGACGCGAUUGGCAGAAAAGCCUUAAUGGCUUUAGGCACAAUCAUCUUUAUAUUUGGAAAUGUCUUACAAGUCGGCGCCGACGAACUCAAUACCAUGUAUGGAGGAAGGGGUGUAACAGGUGUCAGCCUAGGAAUUCUAUCCAUGGUUGUACCACUAUAUCAGUCUGAAUUAGCGCCUAAAAAUAUACGCGGUAGGCUAAUGUCAAUUCAGCAAUUCGCCAUCACGCUUGGAACUUGUAUUUCUUACUGGGUUGAUUAUGCAUUUGUCAACGUGCCUGGCUCUACCGGAUGGAGAUUAGCGUUAGGCCUUCAACUUGUGCCGGCAUUAAUAUGUCUAGUUGGAUUGCUCUUAUUCAUACCACAGAGCCCACGACAUUCGAUUGAUAAAAACCGCAUGUCAGAAGCACUGGAAACGUUAUCGAAGAUACGAGGCGAUGGAACAACAACACAUAACGACGUUCUUAUGGAAUUCGCUGAAAUGAAGCAAAACAUUUCAUUUGAACAUAAAAUGUAUAAAGAUCAUAAAUACAAGCGCAUAUUUCUUGCCGGCGCUGAGAAUAACAGGAGGCGACUAUUCUUGGGUAUGUCCGUUCAGAUAUUUCAGCAACUGACAGGUGUAAUCGCGUUAUUAGUCUUCGCCCCUCAAAUAUUUCAAUCGACUGGACUUACAGGAAGGGAUGCUGCAUUGUUUGCGAACGGAUUAAGUGGCUCGAUUAAUCUAAUUGCCACCAUUCCUGCAAUGAUACUCAUCGAUAAAUGGGGUCGAAGACCACAAAUGAUUAUUGGCGCUAUUCUUUGUAGUGUAUGUAUUGCCGUAUUAGCGGUAUUAUCAGGCGUACAUGGAUUCUCCUACUCGCAGUUAACUCCAACUCUUCAAAAAGAAAUGCCGUCCGCCAAUACAGGGAAAAGCGGAAAUCCACUUUGGUUACAGUUCGACGCCAAUGAACCCACCAUUGUUUUUUUAAUUGUCAUGUAUAUUUGUGUAGCAGUCUACUCAUGUACCUGGGGUCCUUUAGGCUGGGUUUAUCCCGCUGAAUUAUAUUCACAGGGUGUUAGAGCUAAAGCUUUAGGUAUCUCCACUGCCUCCAAUUGGCUUUUCACUUAUGCCGUACUUCAAUUAACUCCCAUCAUGUUACAACGCAUUUAUUGGAGAACCUAUGUCUUAUUUAGUGUCAUGUGUCUAGUGAUAGCUGUCAUUGUCUAUUGGCAUUACCCCGAAACCAAUGGUAAAUCGUUGGAAGAAGUCGACCUCAUCUUUAGUUGCCGAUUUAAUUAUUACGAUGUGGAUGUGCAUCAUCCACAAACAGCAGCAGCAGCACUAGCUCAAAUGGAAAAAGUACAACAGCGUAAUAAAACAUUGUAUCGAUUUCCAUUUACACCAGAAAGAACUCUGUCUAUCCAUCGACAACAUGCCAGAAGAUCUUUUUUACCUCAACAUCAAUUUGUUGCAACAGCAGCACAACCCAAUGUAAUCACUCACUACUAA